AUGGAGAUUCGCACCGUGGACACUCCAGUGACGGCGGAUUCCUCGCCAGACUCUCAUCCGCAAUCUACCGAGCCUCGCAAACGCGUCCGCCGCUGGCACCAUCGAGGGUUUACUGGCUGCUCGACCUGUCGUCGACGUCAUGUUCGCUGUGAUGAGGCGUCUCCCGCCUGCAACAAUUGCACGCGACUGGGGCUCGAGUGCGAUGGGACCCAGGGCCGCAUGACUUUUAAAGUCUACGGCCCGUCCCAGUCCCAACCGGAAUCUUCCAAGGCGCCCAAAGCCCCGAGGAAGCAAAAGAAGCCCGCCAGUUCGGAGUCCGGAGAGUCUGCUGCAAGCAGCCCUAUCGUCAAAAAAGAAGAACCCGAUGAGGCCCGCGAGGCUGUCGUGGUGUCGCCAACAACCGUGGCCCAACCCCCCACACAGUUUCAAUUCCAAGAACCCAUCUCCCCGGCGAGUCUAGUAUCUACUUCCCUACAAAAUGCCGAUGAGCGCUACUUCACCCACUUCAUCGACCGCGUGUCAACACUCCUCAUCAUCUACGACAAUUCCAUUAACAUUAACCCUUACCGCCGGUACUUUCCGGAUUUCGCUCGAUCGUCUCCCUCCAUGGCGAAUGCCAUGCAGGCCUUGGGCGCGCUGCACCUGGCCAACACCUCGGACGGGCACCAGCGAAAUAGACAUUUUCAGCAGGCCAUGGGCAAGUACGGCGAAGUCGUCAAGACAUUCCGCGGCCGCUAUGCCGACCGGAGCCAGCAGCUCGGCAUGACGGAUUUUGCCACGUGCCUCUUGUUAUGUUUAUUCGAGAUGAUGGACUCCCAACACCAGAAUUGGGCAGUACAUCUGCAAGGCGCGCGUGAGAUCUACAAUCGCAUAUUUUACCCGCAUACCGGGGAUUCGGCCCGCGAAGCCCAGCGCGUCGCCGAGUCUAACCACCCGCUACGCUCAUUCCUCGUCUCUCUCCUUUCUUACCUGGAUGUAGCCGGCGCGUGUGCAACGCCCGGCGGUACUGUGGUGGAAGGCAACUACUGGAAGACCCUCGGUGGCGGAUGGGAAUACAAUCUGGGCACGCCGAGCCUGUCCUCGUCCUCGAUCCCCGAUAACCCGCGCCUGGUGGAGCUCCGGCACGCGUGGUCCGGCAUGAUGGAAGUCCAGGCGGCAAUCAGCACCUUCGCCCGCGACAAGCAGUGGAUGUCCCCCGACCAGCAGGAUGGGGUGUACAAGGAGAUUUUCAACCGCUUGGUUGUUUGGCGUGCCAGCGCCCCGGCGAGUCUCCAACUACUCGGCGAUCUGGACGACGAGAGCUUACGUCAGUACCCCUUCUCCGAUGUCGUUGAGUAUGUCGGCUGUAUCGAGGCCUACGAGAAGGCGACGUUCGUCCAUCUGCAUCAAGUCGCCGGAGCUGGUCGCCCUAACUGGAUUUCGGAUCACACUUACUUGGACAUACUCAUCAGUCGCAUUCUCACGUUGAUCUACAAAUUGUCCAGUGAUGUUGGCCAAUUGGCUGUUCUGUGGCCUCUUUUCAUUGCUGGCCAGGAAACCAGCAAGGAAGAGGAGCAGAAGUACGUCCGCAAAACUAUGCUCGAGCUCCGGCGGUUUGGUUUCAAGAACGUCGACAGAAGCCUCGAGCUCCUGGAAGGGGUAUGGUUCAAGCGCCGCGCCUUUCCAGAAGGAUGGACACAGACCCUGGACGAGAUCCAGACGAAUAUCCUCCUUCCAUAA